CAACAGGAAGGACACAAAGUGGCAGCAAUUAAAUAAUUUCAAAUAUAUAAACCAGGAGUUCUUAGGAAAUGGCCUGGUCAGAAGGUGAAGAUAAACAGGUUAAGAAAAUCUUAAAUAUGGAAACCAAUAAAGCAAAUCAAGCAGUAGAGUCUACAGAAAAGGAAACAGUUAAAGAAACUGCAACGGUUUCUAGUAGUUGUAGCAUGGAAAAUGUUUUGCUACCCAUGAGAUCGUCUGGUAUAAGAGGUAAUCCUCCAGCUUUAAUCAGGGGAACACACGCGUUUUUAAAUCCCAAAACUGAAAAUCUAUCAGAUGCUGAAUUAUCGGAUUUCUCUUUAAAUGAUACCGAAGAAGAUGAGGAAGAGUUUCGCAAUUGUGUUUUGCUAAAUGGUUCACUAAAUGAAGGUGCCUCCCUUAGCAAUCAUAGUUCCUCCUCCCGAGGUUUGCCUAUAGGACCCUCACCUCCUGUUAGUCAAGUGGGCUCUACCACUCCUGAGGUGUUUGGCAAAAAUGGUUUUCCUUUGGUACGCAAGGUGUUCACUAACACACGAGAACGUUGGCGUCAACAGAACGUUUCCAGUGCUUUUGCCGAGCUAAGGAAACUAGUACCCACACAUCCUCCAGAUAAGAAACUUUCCAAAAAUGAAAUUUUACGUUCAGCCAUUAAAUAUAUCAAGCUAUUGACACGUGUUUUGGAAUGGCAAAAGGAACAGGAGGAUAAACAGGAAAAUGAACCCAAUAACAAUAAUCGCAUCACCUUAAAUGGUCAUCUAUCGAACAGUUCCAAUCAUAACCUGACCAAUGGUUCAUUGGACAAUAAACGUAAUGUUAAGCAGCAAUUACUAACAUUCAAUCACAAUUCCCAGACUCCCAACAAUAAUUUGCUAAUGAUAGCUCCUUCACCAAUGAUGUCUCAUCACUUUAUUAAAACCGAACAGCUGGAAAGUUUAGAUAUAAUGAGUACUAAUUCGCGAAGUUCUACUAACAACGUUAUUACUCAAUCUAUACCCUUGAUUGCGGUAAGAAGUGCUAAUACUUCUAAAGGAGCGAAGGCCGCUAAACGUAAGGCUGCCGCCGAAGAGGGUGUUGCGAAAGAAGAUAAGAAGCGUAAGAAGGAAGCUGUUGUGGCAGCUGGAAGUUCCACCAACCCUAAUAAUCGUAUUUAAGUUGUGUAAUAGUGUUAUCUUUAAGAUGUGUGUCAAGAAAUCGAUUAAAUCACUUUAAGUGUAUGA